GCGCGUCUCCCCCGCGCGCCGGCGGCCGUGGUGCAGCCCGAGGCGGAAGCGGCGCUGGGACGGAACUGGCUCGCGGGCGCAGCUAUGGCUGCGGGCGUCCCCUGUGCGCUUGUCACCAGCUGUUCUUCCACCUUCUCCGGAGACCGGCUGGUCCAGCAUAUCCUGGGAACAGAAGAUCUUAUUGUGGAAGUGACUGCUGAUGAUGCUGUGAGGUUUUAUCCCUGGACCAUUGAUAAUAAAUACUAUUCAGCAGAUAUCAAUCUGUGUGUGGUGCCAAACAAAUUUCUCAUCACUGCAGAAAUCGCGGAGUCUGUCCAAGCAUUUGUGGUUUACUUCGACAGCACACAAAAAUCUGGUCUUGAUGGUGUUUCCUCAUGGCUUCCAUUGGCAGAAGCAUGGUUACCUGAGGUCAUGAUCCUGGUCUGUGACAGAGUGUGUGAAAAUGGUGUAAACCGACAAAAAGCUCAAGAAUGGUGUAUCAAACAUGGUUUUGAAUUGGUAGAACUUAGUCCAGAAGAGUUGCCUGAGGAGGAUGAUGACUUCCCAGAAUCUACAGGAGUAAAGCGAAUCGUUCAAGCCUUGAAUGCAAAUGUGUGGUCCAAUGUAGUGAUGAAGAAUGAUAGGAACCAAGGCUUUAGCCUUCUUAGCUCAUUGGCUGGAGCAAACCAUAGCAUUGGGUCAGCAGAGACGUGUCUCUCAGAGCGGCCCCGUUUGCCAGCAGCAGCUAGGACUGAAGCUCUCUUGGACCAUCGGGGUGGUGCAUCUAACACAACAGAUGCUCAGGCUGAUAGCAUCGUGGAUCCCAUGUUAGAUCUGGAUAUUCAAGAAUUGGCCAGUCUUACUACUGGCGGAGGAGAUUUGGAGAAUUUUGAAAGACUGUUUUCAAAGUUAAAGGAAAUGAAAGACAAGGCUGCGACGCUUCCUCACGAGCAAAGAAAGUUGCAUGCAGAAAAGGUGGCCAAAGCCUUCUGGAUGGCAAUUGGGGGAGACAGAGAUGAAAUUGAAGGCCUUUCAUCUGAUGAAGAACACUAAAUUAUUUGCGCUAGGGUUUGACAGCCUCAGACACUUCCCUGCUUCACCCUGUUCUGUUUGGCUUAACUUCCCAUCAUCCUGUUGGCCACCUGACUUAGUUCUAGGGCCACCUUACUUAUAGUUUCUCGUAGGGUAUAGUAGGGGUUUUGUCCCUCAGUAUAGUGUAAGGGAGCGAGGAGGAUAAUGACGACAAGGAGUGAGAGUUUUUCAAGGACACUGUCUCUAGGGACGGGAGUGAAACAAGGCUCAGAGGUCUGUGUGAUUUGCCCCAGUUGCAGAAGGACCACGCCAUUCCCAGCCCACCUUUUCCAGAGUGUCCUCUGUGGUCACACCCGAUUCCUGCAGAUCAGGAGCUGGUCCACCUUUCCUUGGGCUUCUGGAUUUUCGCUUUCAGGGAGCUUGGCACCCUGAGCUUUGGUGCUUUUGAUGGUAGGAAAGGAAGUUGCUGCAAAUUUAAUUUGUGCCACCGGGUAGGUGGGGCCAGAGUCCGUGGCCCUCGGCUUAGUCUCGCGCUAAAAACGCCUCUGGGCAUUUCAUCUGAAAGAGUGUCUCAGCUCACGCUAGAAACUGCUGAGAAACGAGGGUGAAUUUUUAGACAAUGCUAGAGGAGGCCAAGGUGUCCUACUCCGGUAGGGAUAAAACAAACUCAUCUACUAAGUUGCUGUUUGGGAGUGGGGUGGGAGGUUUGUGUUUGAGAGAGAGAAAGAAACUUCAGGAAUUCCCUGUUCUGGGCCAUUGAGGCAGUAUGUGAUCGUAUCUGGAGGCUUUUACAUUAGUCCUGCCAGGAGGAAACUCGUCUUCCUUAGAGCAUAUCAGAGCUGUGUCGUCACACUUUACCCUCAAAACAAGGUAGUUUCCCCCCCCUUUGUCUCUGAAUGCCCAACAGAUCACUGCUAACGUGGUCACACCGCAGGGUGGGCAAGCGGGGAAAGGAUGUGAAAGGUUAGGCGAUGAAGCUCUGAGGGCCUGUGUGACUUCCAGGGCUGGGAGUCGGGGGUCACCCACAGGAAGGUCCACCUCCAAAGGAAGGGUGGGAACUACAGUAAAUAAAAAUCCCUAUUUCUGUGUUUGUAGACACUUGGUAAUGCAUGCCAUUGACCUUCACUGUGGUAGCCACGGCCACGGUUCUAGACUGGCGCAUGGUGCCCCAGCUGGCACACAGGCUGACAGCCGCUCCUGGCCUUGCCUGGACUGGGAAAUCCUUAGGUCACCAGCAGAAACAAGUUUUAGACCCCCCAGCGCCGCCUUCUAAGCACUGCGGAAGGAAUGGCAGGAGGAGUGGAAUGCUCCAGGUCCUGGGCCAGGGCAGCCACCAGGAGGGAAGGCUUCAGUGACUGGAGCAUUAAGGAAGAGCCAUCAUCAAAGGCAACAUUGGCAGUUCUCUGGCUUGGUGACCUUUCCCCCCCCCUCUUUUUUUUCCUCUCCUCUUUUAACUAUUCUGAAGAUCUUUGAGACUAUAGUUGACCACCAUACCAUCGUUGUUUCUUUGAGGUGACUGCAUUAGCUGUUGAUUAAGAAUGCAAGGGAAGUUGGCUCUGGGGUUGCAAAAUGAAAGGCAGAAUGUUCUUCUUAAAACAUGAAGGGUUCCAAAAAGUAUAUCAGGUCACAUGGAGGGAAGACAGACUAGAAAAAGCUGUGAAUGUGAUUUUGUGGAUUAAACAAAGCCAGGUGAUUAAAAGAUGAUUUAUUUAUAAA